AUGGCGAGUUUUAGAAAUAGUUUAGAAAGCAGUUCGGAACUCUCGAUUCGCAAAGAAAUGAAAUCGUUUAUAAUUCUACUUGCCGUAUUGGCGGUAUGCUCAGUGCAAACUCUGGCCCAAGAGCAGAAAAAUGAAGUUAUUGGUAAUGGUUAUUAUUCUGAUUAUAAUGAUUUACCAGUUGCGGAUCAAAACGGAAAUGGUGAUGUGGGCGUAGGUGGCGGUGCAGCUAAAGAUAGUGUUAAUGUUGAUAACGGCGCUGUUGUAGGUGACGGAGCAGGUGCUGGUAAUGGUGAUAGUGCUGGUGCAGAUAACAGUGCUGGGUCUGACUCUGGUGCUGCUGCUGGUGCUGGCGAUGGUGCUGUUGGAGAUAAUAAUGAUGGAGGUAAUGUUGACGAUCAAGUUGAUAAUGGAAGUAAUUUACCCAACACUGGAGGCGAUAAUCCUGGUAAUAAUAGUGGGGGCAUUGAAGUUGGUGGAAAUGAAAAUGGUGGUGAUCUGCCUUACGAUAAUAUAUCUGGUUCAGGGUCUGGUUCAGGGUCUGGUUCAUCAAACGAAGGUGAUAUCGUUCCGAUUGCAGCACCAGAAACUACAACACGAGCACCUAUACCACAACCCAAGCCCAGUAGACGACGUGUAAGACGUAAUCAAGGUGGAAAAAGAAAUAAUGGAGCAACCAAAAGACCAGCACAACAAGCACGUAAACCUGCUGCCAGACCAGCACCAGCCCGCAGAGCACAAACUCCUGCACGGAAACCUGCAAGAAGUACACCGAGUAGGCGACCACAACCAGCUAGACGUCAAAAUAAUAAUAGAAGAGCUCAACCAGCAAGAAGAGCAAAAAGUGCGGGCGGUAGAGGAAAUCGUGCAAGAAGUUUAAAUAGCGGUAGAGCAAAACGUGGUUAG